AGGAGAAAACAAUUACAAGUUUUAUUAAUUUAUUACAUUUUCUAAAUGAAAGUAACUUGUAAUCUCAUACUACCAAAGGGAAAUUAGAGCUGCAUUGUCGAUUAUCAUUACGAAUCUAGUGUUUACUCCUUAAAAUGGAGGACAAUCCUGUAAUUGAAUUGAGGAAGUUGUGCUGCACUUGUUUAAGUACAGAUCGGAAAGUAAUACAACUUUGUAAGAUACAUAAUGGUGUAAACAACUUAUAUUUACUCUUAUCUUACGAUGCAGAAGCUUAUAAAGAAGGUUUCUACAAGGACUCAGCAAGUUUGUACAUUUGCUGGGAGUGUCGAGCCCAUAUGAGGCGUGUAGUGCUGUUCCGGCAGCAGGUUUGCACCGCUCAAAAACUGCUUUCUUGCAUUGCUGAAGGACGGACUGAUACUAAAACCUUCAAGUCCCUAUCGCACCUCACCCACGACCACAAGUCGUCAUUUGACCACUCUAUCGCGGCACUAUCACCAGUUAUAGACAACUUUAUAGAUUGCAAUGCCGUGGAGGAUAUAAAGACAGAGAUAGAAGACCCAGAGGAUGUUCCGCUGUCUCAGCUUAAUGGACAUGGUGGGAUAAAUAACAGCUUUAUGUCAGAAGAAGAUUUAUCAAAAAAAGACUUCGAAACCGAAGAGACACCGUUAUCGGAAUUAACCGACAACUUUACCGAUGAAGACUACACUCCUAAAGAAAUAAUCACAAAUAAGAAACCUAAAAGAUUAAAAAAGAAAGGAAAGAUAAAAAAGAAAACAAGUAAGAAAGGAAAAGAUGUAGGAACAAGUGAAGAUCUGGUAGAGGACUCGAGUAGUUUGGGUGUAGUGAAAUGUGAACCGUGUGCGGAAGUAUUUAGAAGUUCAAUCGAAUUGGAGGAACAUAACAUAGCAAUACAUAGUGAGAGUCAAAGAAGGACAACAGCGGUCAACCCGGGGUCGAAACCCCGUCGCAACCCCACCAUGAUGGACAAACCGACACCAUACGGUUAUCAAUGUAUGGAGUGUGCCAAGUAUUUCGACAAUAAAAACCAGCGCUGGAAGCACGUCCAGCGCGUGCACCGCGAGGGUUACCGCUGCCACUCCUGCGGGAAGCGCUUCGCCUUCAAAAACAACCUUACACGCCAUGAGCAACUCCACGCGGGCCCGCCGCCACGGGAGGAGUGUCCAGUCUGCCACAAGAUGAUCCGCACGGAUCUCGUCAAAGUACACGCGCGUAUACACACGGCACGAGAGAGGUAUUCGUGCUGUAUAUGCGACAAAAGCUUCGUGAGCCGCGCCUCGUAUCAGCAUCACCUCAAGUACACACAAGCACACGCCGCAAUCGACAUACUCAAGUACAAAUGCAGUAUGUGUGACAAGGGCUACCGGUCACGCGGCGAACUGCGCGAUCACGAGAAUUACCAGCACAAGGGGGAGACGCAGCACAAGUGCCCCAUAUGUGGGAAGGGUCUAGCCACACGUCGCUGCAUAACUAGGCACGUGAGGCGAGCCCACGAUGGCAUUAAGGAGAGCGCUCGAGACAAGAUCUGCCAACAAUGCGGGAAGGCUUUCAGGGACAAGAAAGGCCUCCGCGAACACGAGUGGAUCCAUACCGGGGAGCGCCCUCUGUCGUGCUCAGAGUGCGGCUGCUCGUUCCGACAGAGCGCCUCGCUCUAUACGCAUCGUAAACGCGUCCACCACAUACACACGCCCAAGAAGCUAGUUACAAACAUCUCGCAAUAAAAAAAAAUAUUGUUUUAAGUUUACGCAGUUAUUGGUGCUAAUUCCUGUAAACACCAUCUAAUUUUAUUUUAAGUUAUAUCUGUCAUUUUCUUAUCCGCCGAAAAGGAAAGGGACGGGUAAUCGACAAGCAUAAAAUUUAUGGAACACACGUCAAUUUUAAGCACAAAUCUAAACCAACCGUCUAAAAAUUUUACAUCCGUCACUAACCCGAUACAGUUAAGUAGACAGCACGUCAAACGGAUUGCAUACCAGAGACGUAUCUUUUGAUUCGGCCGGGUUAUUCAUUCAUUUACUCAUUCUUCCUAAAAUUAAGAGCUGUGAAUCAUCCGUCCCUUUCCUUUUCGAAGGAUAUGAAAAUGAUGGAUAUAACUUAAAAUAAAAUUAGGCGCUGUGUCUGCAGGAAUCGGGGCCAUUAUCAUAAUUAAAACACAUAAUAACGAGUUCUUACCGCGUUUAAAGUAGGGAUAUGAGACCCCCGAUAUAUCGACACUGUUGCAAGUCAUGCAUCAUUUUUUUUUGACGUGACUUAUUGUAGAUUUGCCGCAGAUGGCAUUAACUACUUGGCCGGACAAAUGGGGAGCGCUGCAGGCUCUCACCCGGUACAACGUUUAAGACAACAGGCCUGAGAGUGCCCAGUUGGGCGCGAACCUCGGCUCAGGGCGUCGUCUGAGAGGAAAAAUAUUUGAAAUCCCGUGAUCAUGGCACUUGCAACAGUGUCGAAACAUCGGGAGUCUCAUAUCCCUGCUUUAAACGCGGUAAGAACCCGUUAUUAUGUGUUUUAAUUAUAAAAAAUAUUGAUUAAACUAUUUUUUUUUGAAGGCAAGUGUUGGCAACCCCAACAAAACAAUGUUUAUUGUUACUUUGAAUAAAUAAAACAAAAAAACUAUGAUGA